AUGCCAAACCCACUCGACAUAAUCACUGCUCUUUUUCUGUGUUCUGAUGGUUUUGUACAGCAGGAAAUGGCACUAAAAAUGUCCAUGUGUCAGUUCUCUGUUCCUCUGCUGCUUCCCAAUUGUGACACCAAUCAGUGCACACUCAUGCUGUGGGCCAUGAGAGACAUUGUUAAAAAGUACAGACCUCAGUCUCUGUCAGAGUCUAAGGGCUUCAUUGAAGACAGAAUCGUUCUGUCUGAACUUCCAAUGAUCUCUUUUGUCAGACUGGGUGAGUGCUCCUCGUCCAAGUCAGAGAUUCUCAAUAAGCUUCUGAGCAAUUCUCAGCAGUACCAUGACACCUUUGUUCACCGCAACAUGGAGUGUGGUGACAGUCCAAGAGCAAUAUCCAACGGACUGAUUGAAAUUACUUGGUAUCUUCCUUGUGGAAACACAAACAUUGAUAUUUUCAGUCAGCCAGUGGCUGUAGCUAACCUUCGUGGGGACAUUGAAUCUUUUGAAACACAAUACUCCUUUCUGUGCCACACAUCUGCUGCAGUUUUUGUGUUCUUCGGCGAUUUGGAUGAGUCUGAGUGCAGUCUACUCACUAACAUAAACCAAAAGACACAGAUCUUCUUGGUUGGCAAUGGUGAAAGUAAUAACGAGGUUUUAAGAACAGUAGCAAACAAAUUGGGCUUGAGUAACAACAACAUCAUAACUAAGAAGAAACAGAAAAAUGAUGCAGAUUUUGUACAAACUUUGAGAAAAAAAGUCAGUAAUGUGGUGGAAAACUCAAAAAUGAAGAUGACAAUAGAGCAGAUGGCAGACAUUGCCUAUAAACUGGGAAUCCUGGUUGAUGAAGACUCUCCAGAGUGCCAGACUGCAAAGACAAAUGCAGAAGCCAUCACUGCAGAAAUUCAAGAUAUCCAUAAGUACAAAGAAGAUCAGCUUCCCCGUCAAGGUGAAAUAUGGAAAGAACUGGCCUGGUUAGAGAAGGAAGAAUUUCGACUUCAACAUAUCAGGUCUGAAAAUAUAGAAGAUUACAAAAGCAAACUUCUGUUACAGAAAAAAGAACUGCGGAAAAAGCAGAACUCUUAUGACAUGUCGACAGCUAUGACAUGCUUCAUCAAUGCAAUAUCAAGCCCAGGAACAGAGAGGUUUUAUUUCCUGAAAUUGAUGCAAAUGAACCUCGAUAACCUGUCUCAUGUAAAACUGUCUGAACUUCGGGAAAAAUAUAAAGAAAAAUUUAAGAACUCUGAGAACAAAGAAGAGAUCAAGGAAAUUGACAGACAAAUUUCCAACAGCUCACUGGGGACUGAACACUUCUUCCGUGAAAUGGGUCAGAUCUAUGAAGCUUCACUGUCCCUUCCACAAACAGAUCCAGCACGUCAACAGCUGCAGCAUCUGCCCAAACUGUGUGCAGAGUUGUUGCUUGAUGGAUUUCCUCUUGAGCUUGUAGAUGGAGAUGCAUCCAACAUCCCUCUCAGAUGGGUGACUGAUGUUCUCUCUCAGCUCAGUGACUUGGUGUCUCCAAACAGAAAGAUACGUGUAGUCACAGUUCUUGGAGUUCAGGGCACAGGAAAGUCCACUCUCCUUAACACCAUGUUUGGAGUGCAGUUUGCGGUCAGCAGUGGUCGAUGUACUCGAGGUGCUUUUAUGUCGCUCAUCAAAAUCGAUGAAGAUAUGAAAAAAGUCCUAAACUGUGACUUCAUGCUGAUCAUUGACACUGAGGGCUUAAAGUCACCAGAACUUGCACAACUGGACAACAGCUAUGAGCACGACAAUGAGCUUGCUACACUUGUUGUGGGGCUGAGUGAUGUCACCAUUGUUAAUAUUGCAAUGGAGAAUUCAGCCGAAAUGAAGGACAUCCUACAAAUAGUUGUGCAUGCUUUUCUCAGGAUGAAGGAGGUGGGCAAAAAGCCUAAAUGUGUGUUUGUUCACCAGAAUGUGUCGGAUGUUUCAGCCCAUGAAAGAAACUGACGAGACAGGAAACUGCUCCUGGAACAGUUGAAUGAGAUGACCCAGGCAGCAGCCAAAAUGGAAAAGAAAGAGGAGAACAAGAGCUUCACUGAUGUGAUGGAGUACAGUCCAGACACUGGGAACUGGUACAUUCCUGGACUCUGGAAUGGAAACCCACCAAUGGCACCAGUCAGUGUAGGGUACAGUGAGGCUGUAUAUGAGCUCAAGAAACACAUCAUCCACCUGCUGGGAAACUGUGAGUCAUCGGCCAAGGAUAUCUCUGAGUUUACAGAGUGGAUGUCAAACCUAUGGAAUGCAGUAAAACAUGAAAACUUCAUCUUCAGCUUCAGAAACAAUCUCGGAGCUGAUGCAUACAUGAGACUCUGCACAGAAUUCAACAAAUGGGAGUGUGAAUUCAAAAAAGAGAUGUACACCUUUGUAACAAACGCAGAAAGAAGAAUUUCCAAUUUUGGUAAAGUUGCUGUAAAAUUUGAAUCUUCUGACAUCAAUGAAUUUCUCAAACGUUUGAAAAUUGAAGCCUCCACAGUGCUGUCCACAUGGGAGACAAGACUUCUCGAAAAUCUGAGACAAUAUUUUAAGAAAACAGACAGUCAUGUUCAUCUUGUCGAAGGAUAUAAAGAGGAAUUCUCAAGCAAUGCAAAGAGCCUUCGGCGCUUCCAGAGUGACAGUGUCAGGAUAGAUAUGCAGCCACUCCUGUUGGACUCUAAGAUACCUGAUGAACUCCUGUUAGAGAGGUUAAAUAUGGCUUGUGCCAAUGAGGCAGAAAGGAAAAACAAGAAGAGAUGUUUAGCAUCACAGACUGCUACAAGUGUGAGUGCAGUGCAGUCAGAUGAUGUGUCACCGGCUAAGAAGCCUGUAAAAGAAGUUAAAGCUAAGAUACCACCCGAGCUUUUAACUGAGUUAGCGGAGCUUAAGAUAGGUGUAGCCUCCCUGAAAGGUCUCAGUGCAGAGAUAGCUCAGAUUAAAGAGACUCUACAGCAGCCGGUGCCUGGUCCUCAGUCAUAUGCCCCACCACCAGUUAUGCAGUAUGAUAGGGACCAGCAGUAUUAUAGCUUCCAGGGCCCCCGUCAAAGACCACCACCCCCUCAGUAUCCUGUACAGCACUACACAGGUAGUCCAGCCUGCUGUGAGAGGAGGUGCCACAUCUGCCAGCAGAAUGGAGUCAACAAGCGCUGCACCCACUGCUACCUCUGUGGGAGUAGAGAACACUUUCAGGCUGGUUGUAGAAGCAGAGGUAUGAGACCAUAUAAAGAGAAACAUUUAAACCAGCAAUGGUUACCACCGAGGGACGAGUGUUAA